AUGAUUAUUGGUAGAAAUAGAUUAAAUUAUGUAGAUAUAAUUAAGAUUGAUACCUAAUGCCGUUAAUUACAUCAGAAAUAAUUUGUUGACAGUUGAGGGGGAAAUAAUUAAAAUGAAGAAAUAACUCAAUAGUAUGGGGAAUGAUGUUAAAUUUUGAGAGGAGUAUUUGUAAUAUAUCUACUCGAAAUCAGAAAAAGGAAAAUUUUGAAAGAAGCAGCACAAUAAAAUGUUAAGUCCAUCUACGUGCCAUAAAAAACUCAAGAUAAAGAUAAAAAUGAAAUCAGUAGUUUGAUGAAUUUAUAUUAAUUUCAUGAUAAAGUCAGAGAAGAGAAUGAAUUAUUAUUAGAUAACAAGCAAAAAGUAUUAUUAAUUCAAGGGCUAGCUGAAGUAUGCAAAAGUAAAAGAGCCAAGAAAUUUGAAGAGUUUAUUUGGAAAUUACAUGAUAUAAUCAAAAAAUUGGGAUUAUAUAAUAAACCUGUUUAUAUUUUAGACCUUUUUUAAAAAAACGUGUUUUUUAAGCAGUAGAGGAAUCAAUCAUUAAGAUGAUUAUGGGUUUGAAGAUUUCUAAUUUAAAGAAUGA